CCUCUAUAAAUACUGCCGAUCCGCCAAAGUCGGGAUACAGUGCAUCAUGAAGAAGUUGACGGACAGCAGGCGGCGUCCCAGUGGCUCCUCGAUGUGGAAAAGGGAUUCCGAGUCGGAUAACGAGGAGAAUACCAUCUGCAGCUGUGCGGCGAUAAAGAGGAGUGUGGUUUACUACCUGAAAAACAGCACUCUCCAUGGCCUGAAGUACAUCGCCGAGGAGAGCAUCACCAUUCCGGAACGGUUAAUGGUUUUCUAGU